AUGGUGAAUUCAUUUGGACUUUUUCUAUCUUCUGCACUUGUGCUCUGUCUUUUAAAACCAGUCCUUACCGAACCCUUAAAUGUCGGUUUAGAGAGUACCCAAAGUCGACCCAUGAACACGCCAGAACGUGUGAAAAGAGCUUUGGCAAAAUAUAAUAUCAAUGAUGAAAAAAUCAAUGCAAGAGUCAGAUCCGCUGGCGGUGGCGCUUCCAUUGAACUUUCAAGUGCCUAUGUUGACAUUGAGUAUCUUGGGUAUAUUCAUAUCGGUACACCACCACAAAAAUUCAAUAUGGAUUUUGAUACAGGUAGCUCCGAUAUAUGGAUACCUUCCAUGGCAUGUGGCAAUUCUUGUGGAUCUCAUCGUCGUUAUGACUCGACUCUAUCCUCCACAUACGAAUCAGGUGCGAAUAAAACCUGGGCACUUCAUUAUGGCGACGGUUCGAGUGUGAUUGGCAACACUGCACGAGAUACAGUACAUUUAGGAAAUAUCAGCCAACCUGGUCAAUUGAUUGGUUUGGUCUCGAAAGAAACCGCACAAUUUGCUACAGACAGGUUCCUCGAUGGUAUCUUUGGUCUAGGUUUCCCUCCCUUGGCUUUCACUGGUAUUAAUAACUCGAUUGUAGAGGACUUGCAUUGGUCUGGUACCAUUCCUGCCCCCAUCGUUAGUUUUCAUUUAGGUCAUUAUCGGGAUGGUGGCAAAGGUGAAAUUUUGUUUGGCGAUAUGAAUGCGGAUCAUUUUGAAGGCGAGCUUAAGUAUGUUCCUGUGACUAUUAAAAAAUAUUGGCAAGUGGAUCUUACCAAUGUCAUGGUUGACGGAAAUCCCAUCUUGAACAAGACUUUGCCUGCUAUUGUGGAUACGGGUACCACACUUAUUAUUGUCCCGGCCUAUAUCGCCAAGGAAAUUCAUGCAAAGAUCCCUGGUGCCGAAUACAGUCCCAUGUACGGUUGGCGUAUACCUUGUUCCUUUGGUGAACAAACCACCGAAGAAACCAUUGUCUUUCAACUAGGUCAAGAGGAAUUUCCUAUCCCACUCCGUGAUUUCGUACGUGCUAAAACCUCACCAAGCUCGGGGGAUGUUCAAAUGUGUUACUCUGGUAUUGCUCAAGCCAAUACACCAUUGAUUAUUUUAGGUGAUACUUUUCUAAGAAGUUUUUAUUCUGUAUUUGAUUUUGGAAAUGCUCGUAUCGGCUUGGCUAGAUCCAAAGCUUAA